AAUCGAUUAAUUGCAAUGUAUCGCCCAUCGCAUGUGCUGUGUUCAAAACAAAACAUGAAGCGGGUUGCGGCACUAGUGUGGUACUGAAAAUAUUUAUAUUGUGGGGUGUAUAUACUUAUGCGACGAAGUCGUUUCAUAAUUUGUGACUUCCCAAAUGAAGAUUUUGUUUACAUCAAUGAGUGACGAUUUAUCUGAAGAUUUUGUUUCAUUUGCGAGGACGUCUCAGUUGCAAUCGAGCCCAAUUCGUAAGGAUGUAACAAGGACCAAGCUUUCUUUUUCACAGCAGAAAGUUCGCAGGCAACUGAAAGCUUCUCAGAGUAGUCUUGACACUGCAAAUGCGAAGUUUUCCGAUUGUGCUAAGAAAGUAGACAAAAACUUGCAGAAGGGCUGUAAAAAGAACCGUGCACAAAAGAGAGAGACUCCGGAUGACGAGCAGCAGUUUUGUCCACUGUGCCAGAUGCCUUUGACGUCACUAAAUAUUUUGCCUGAAGUUCAUGUUAGUACAUGCUCAGUGGUUUGGGAUGAUCUCAGAGAAUGUCCCCAAGGAAAGGAGUGUAGUGAAACAAGCAUUUUUCACUUUAAAGACUUUUCCCACAAAUUAUUGGCAGAAAUUCGAGCAACAGUCAUUGACUACAAUCGUCGCCUAUCGAAAGAUGAUUUGUGCGAUGUGGGCAGAAGUCAGUUGUCGGCCAGUAAGAGGAUAAUAUCAGAGACCAGUACUGAGAGUUCUUUAGAUUUAUUUUCGGAUGAGGGAGAUGAAGGAGGCUGUAUUGAGCAAACAACUUAUCGAGCUGCCUGUGUAAAUGCUGCUUCAGAUGGGAGGAAAGAAGUAUCAGUUUCUUCUUCAUCACAGUCAACAUAUUUUGAAGCUGAUGUUGAUAAUGGCAAUGUCGAUACUAGUGAAUCAGUAGCAGAUUUUAACAAAACAAAUCAUACAAAAAGUAUCUCGUCCAAGCAUUUUGAAGGAAAUAGUUCUACUAAAGUGCCCUCAGAACGAUUUAUACACCAUAAUGACCGAACAACUAGCAGAACAGAUGUUUUUUCGGGUUCUGAUGAAUCGUCCAAAUCUGUUUCAAUUCUCAAAGUUUCUUCACCUGUUGAACAACUUUCCAAAAACCCAUUCAAAGUUAAAAAGCCUAGUAACAUCUUGAGAAACUUGAGUGGUGGUAAGGACAAUCAGUUUUCAGGUAAUCUGGAAGAUCAUCAGUCAGUGGAAGCUGCAUUGGUGGAUACUGAAAAAGAAAUUUCAACUUGCGACAGUUCCAAUAGUCUGAAAUCAAAUACAGUGGGCCUGAGCUGUGAUGAAGACAGUGGUAGUUCUGCAAUAACUGAUAAAACAGAAAUUUUUGUUCAGAAAAGUCUUCAGUUUAAAGGUAGCAUUAAAUUUAAAGGCAAAUGUGACAGUGCUGAUACCACCAAUGUUAAAAGUCCAGUUAAGUCUAAGACUAUUCCAUGCAAUUGUGUCCAUGAGAUCACUUCUGAAGUACCUUCUGUAGAAAUGGAGAUUAAUUCACCAAAGAAGUCCCUAGUAAGUCCUGUCAAAGUUCAUCUUACUUACAACAAAACUGGGUGGCAAGGUCUCGGCAUUGAUACUGUCCCUGGAACUUUACUUGAUGAGGUAAAUGUAGAAAUGUGCAACUGCAGGAGUGCUAUGCAUGUAGAAUGUACAGUAGCAAAUCAAAGAAGUACAGUUAAAACACCAUCACCAAAGAGGAGGUGCUUGGAGCCAAGAUUUGAAUCAUCUCUUGAUGGGCUGGGAUUUUCUGGGAAACAAGCACUUGUACAGCCUAUGAAAGAAGUAUCUGUUGUGUCAUGUGUUAGUUCAGGAGGCACCUACUCUACAAAUGUUUCAUAUACACAGAAACCAGUUGUAGCUGAUGAUAAAGAGAGAAAAAAGUCAGCAAAAGAUGAGUGGAAAAAACUUAUGGAUCGUAUGAAGGCAAGAGGGUAUGAAGAUAUGCAGGUCGUUUCAUCAGAAAGUGUGUCAUCAAGUAGCGAAAGUAUUGCUCCAAGAAAGAGUGCUCCAAGAAACAUUUCUGGAAGAAACAAUGUGUCUGAUACUUCAAAAGAGAAGAAAUGUCCUUUUUAUAAGAAGAUUCCAGAUACAACAUUUGUUGUUGAUGCAUUCCAGUAUGGGAUCAUUCCAGGCAUUACUUCAUACUUCCUGACACAUUUUCAUUUGGACCACUAUACAGGUCUUCGUAAAGGCUUCAGUAAACCAAUCUACUGCAGUGCAGUUACAGCUGCCCUUGUCAAGAAAAAAAUUGGUGUGGAUGAGAAGUACUUGACUGUCCUAGAACUUAAUGAUGAAAGAGUUAUUGGAAUGGUUCGGGUUACAGCAUUAGAUGCAAAUCAUUGUCCUGGUUCAAUUAUGCUGCUGUUUCGGCUACCUGAUGGUAGAAAUUUUUUACAUGUAGGCGAUUUUCGUUAUCACGGAAUCAUGAAGUCAUUUCCAGCCAUUCAACACUGCUCUAUAAACAAGCUAUUCCUCGACACCACAUAUUGUGAACCAAGGUAUGAUUUCCCAUCACAGGAAGAAGUUAUUGCAAAGGCCAUAGAAAUAACAAAAGCAACAUUGCAAAGAUGUCCUAAAACUUUGGUAGUGUGUGGAACAUAUCUCAUUGGAAAGGAAAAAGUUUUUCUAGGUAUCAGUAAAGCAAUAGGAGCAAAACUGUGGGCACGCCCUGAUAAGAGAGGUGUUCUAAAAUGUUUGUGUGAUCCAAACAUUGAAACAAGACUUGUAACAAAACCACAUGAAGCUCAGGUGCAUGUGCUGGCUAUGAAAGAGCUCAACACCCGGGACUUGAAGGACCAUCUCAACAGCUUACAGGGAAUAUAUUCCAAUGUUCUUGCCUUUCGGCCAUCAGGAUGGGAAUUGCAAGACUCAGGAUCCUCACUAACCUUCAGGCGAACAGCUGAUGAUAAUGUCACUAUUUAUGGUGUCCCCUAUAGCGAACACUCCAGUUAUUCAGAAUUACGUGAGUUUGUACAGUUUCUGCAGCCAGAACAAAUUGUUCCGACAGUGAAUGUUGGAAAACAUGCUAUUUUGCAGCGAUACUUUUCUUCGUGGCUGUCUCAACCAGUUUCUUCAAAAACUCAGAAGAAACUGUCCUCUUAUCUCUCUGUGCAAUAAAUUUUAUAAUUUUACAGAAGUUUAAAGCAGGUGUUGCUUCAAUUUACUUUUUAUAAAAUGUAGUAAGACAAUAUGAUUGUUAAAGUUUUUUACAGAAUUUAUAUGAACUUUACGAGGUUUUAUUAGAUGCACUAUAUUACUUUCCAUUUUAAAAAUUGUAAUAAAUUAUUUUGUUAUGUAUUUAA